UAGUUUGACUUGCACUCGACUCGAUUUCAUACAAAACCUUGGCCGAAACACACAAGCUUCCGGCAUGGAGUACGCCCUGGACAUGGACGUGCACCACACGUGCCGCAUCUGUCUGUCCCAGCCGGACCAAGAGCAGCGGCUGUUUAGCCUCUUUUCCAGCGCGAUCGUGGACGGAUUUCUGGUGUCGAUACCGGAAGCCAUCAGCUUUUGCGUGGACUUGGAGAUUGUGGAAUCCGCCGAAAUGCCGGGUAAGAUCUGCCAAAGCUGCAAGUCUCAGAUGCUGAAUUUUUACGCCUUCAAGCGAAAGUGCAAGCGAACGGAACAGAUUCUGCAGGAAACGAUUGCGCAGAAAAGAUCAACUGUUGAGGAGGUAGCGGAAGCGAAGCUUGAGGAACCGGAAGUGCAGCCGGUUUUGGAGGAAGAUGAGGAGAAACCAGACGAAGGAGAGGAUGGCGCGGACGACAAUUUGAUGUUUGAGAUUGCGGAACUGGUCCAGUGUGAGUCGUGUGAUAAAAUGUUUGAGAACGAGGAGGAGCUGAAGCAACAUGCCGCCGCUGAGCAUUUUGAUGUGGAAGUUGCGGAUACUCCAGAGGCAGGAGAUGAUGAACUUCACGAAGAUACCGAAAUGGACGCUCAGGUUGAAAUGGAACCGACAGAGUCUCAAGGUUUCACGUCGGAACACGGGGAAGAUGUUGAAUACUACGAAGAGAUUGUAUCUCCAGAAGAAGCUCGGGAAGAGUGUGCAGAAGAAGCAGCACAGGAAGAUUCGGAGGACGCUGAACUGAUGGAGCAGCCUGAAGCGACUGUGGAUAACACUAGCACUGAAGCGGCCAUGACCUGUAACAUCUGUGGGGCAAUUUUCGUCGGGCAGUCACGGUUCGGAAGACACAUGCGGUCCCACGAGGCCACCGCUCAUGUAGUAGAUUUCUUCCAGUUUCACAUCUGCUGCGACUGCAAGAAGGUAUUCCUCCGCCAGGACGAAUAUCUGUUGCACCUCAAGAUUAGUGGUCACGUCGAUAGUCCUAUGGUAGACGCUGCCACGAGCUAUGCGUGCGGAAUCUGUCCGAUGGAACUUGCCGGGAAACUAGACGACAUGAAGCUGCACAUCUUGACUCACCAAGAGGUGCACUCGUGUCCCUUGCGAGGUUGUGGCUGUGAGUACGCUUCGUUGGCUCGACUGGGCGUCCACAUCCGACAGAAGCACGUUGAGCACGAUUCUCUCCGGUGUCAGCACUGCGGGAUGGAUUCGUUCGACUCGAUGGCCGAUUUGCAGCAACAUUUGCGUCUCAAAUGCACGGGCAAAAAGUUUCCCUGCAACCAUUGCGACAAGAAGUUUCUCACGCAGCGUUCUCUGGCAAACCACCUGAAGACCAUCGAAAAGCGUUUCCGCUGUGACCAAUGUGGGAAGAGUUUUGCACAGCAGGGAGAGCUUAAACUUCACCAGCGCUUCCACAACGGAGAGCGUCCCUAUCAGUGCACCGUGUGCGGAAAGAGCUACAAGUCGGCUUCGUUGCGGACCGCCCACAUGGAUUCGCACAUCGAGGGAAAGACGUUCCAGUGCCAAAUUUGUGACAAGCAGUUGCAGACGCGAACCUGCUACCGGAACCACCUGAAGCGACAUUCCGAAGAGAAGAAACACGAAUGUGAUGUUUGCUCUAAAAAGUUUUACACCAAGUACCACGCCAAGAUUCACAAGGAGAAGGUUCACAAGCCGAACAAAGUGCAAGGCAAGGCAGAAGGAAAGCCCAAUAAAUAACAUAACAAGCUGAAAUUU